UUUUUGUAGUUGUAGGCAAACUAAUAGUACCAAUUUGUGAGAAAGAUACUUGAAGUUUCUUUGCUAAAAUGUCUAAGUUGAUAAGUAUUGCAUUCAUUAUUUUAAUCCUAAACUACUGUGUUGCUGGCAACGAUGAUUAUUGCUGUCGUCCUAACUACAAGCAAGGAAGGCCUGGUAAAAGAGGAAUUCUGGGGCCAGAAGGUCCAACGGGACCAGCGGGUAAAAAUGGCUCGCCAGGUUCCGUGGGGCCAGCAGGACCGCCUGGAAGUAGUGGAAGUCCGGGUCCAAAAGGGGACAGAGGCAGUUCAGGUUCUCCGGGAAAGUCAGUCGAUGUUAACCAGAUAAUCAAAAUGGUUGAUGCAAAAUUAGCUUCACUGAGAAAUGAGAAUACUGCACUCAAAAAACGAAUCGAAAAACUUGAAAAAUGCCGGUGCCUCACGACUCCUAUAAUCAAACCAUUUCCGUCAAAGCGUCCGGUUCCAAUAACACGUCCAAUCCCGAUAACUCCAAGAAGACCAAUUCCGACGAAGUUUCCUUUUCCAAAUUUCCCGAGGCCGAUGCCAAAUUUCCCGAUUGGUAUAAGAAACCCAUUCCGAUAGAAGUAACAGAAAUUACAUUGACAGCAGAAAUUGCAUGACUAUAUUAGCCUUAUAUAAAAUAAAAAAUACACAAUAAACUUUCUUCUCUAUAAAUAUUAAAUUGAAUUGCUUUUAAUAUGCUGAUACCUAAAAUGAAAAUAUACCGAUUUAGAUUUUAAAAUAGCAAUGAGAUAUAACAGGAA